CGGAUCGGACCUCUUCUGUUCUUCCGUGGUUAAAAACAAAUCCCCAAUUCCCAGUACCCGCAUCUUCUUUCCACCUUCCCUCUGGACUUUCUAGGGCUUGAAACUCAUCUGAUCUGAUCUGAUCAGAUCAGCUAUGGCUUCAGAAGAAGGGAAGAAGAUUACUCUGAAGAGCUCCGAUGGCGAGGAGUUCGUGGUGGAAGAGGCGGUGGCAAUGCUAUCGCAGACGAUCCGGCAUAUGAUCGAGGACGAAUGCGCGGAGAGCGGCAUCCCGCUACCAAACGUCAACAGCAGGAUCCUCGCCAAGGUUAUAGAGUACUGCAAGAAGCAUGUCGAGUGCACUCCUGUGGCAUCAUCAACCGGCGACGAAAAAGCCGUCGAGGAGGAGCUCAGGAGCUGGGACGCUGACUUCAUCAAGGUGGAUCAAUCGACUCUUUUCGAUCUCAUUCUGGCAGCUAAUUAUCUCAACAUAAAAGGUCUUCUGGACCUCACCUGCCAAACAGUUGCUGACAUGAUCAAGGGCAAGACUCCUGAAGAGAUACGCAAAACCUUCAACAUCAAGAAUGAUUUUACUCCAGAGGAAGAGGAAGAAGUCCGCAGGGAGAACCAAUGGGCAUUCGAGUAAUGUAAUCCAUCAUUAUUUGAUAGAAAAAAAAAAAAAAUCUGGAUAUUAAAUUUCAAUAUAUUUAUUUUGAGAUUAGUGUAAUGUUUGAAAAAAAAAAAAAUCAUUUAAAAAUUUUCAUUGCACUGAUUUCAAAAUAGAUGUAACAAUUUGAUCAGAAUAUUUUCAGUUUUUUUUUUUUUUUAAUUUUAGUUUUAUUUAUUUGCAUUUUGAUGUGGUAAACUUUAAAGAACAUGUCGAACAUGUGGUGUAUUUUCUUAUCUUUUGUAUCUUGUAAAUAAGACUGGCUAUAUCUGUAGCUGGGGAUUGCAAGAACAUUUGUCCAGUGCCAAUUUCAUUUCUGUUU